AUGCGGAGAAAGGCUUCUGAAUUGAAUACUACAUUAGCACGCAUUACAACUUGGUGGAGACAGAGAGCGAAGGCAAAGUGGAUUGAGGAGGGAGAUGCCAAUUCUAAUUUCUUUCAUUCAUUUGCCUCGGCAUGCAAGAGGGGGAACAGAAUUCUGGAGGUCCAAAAGCCAAAUGGAGAUAGGAGUGAUGAUCCAGCUCUUAUACAGGAGGAAUUCAUGAAGUUCUUUAUGCUUAAAUGGGAGGAGAGGCAGAUUGUUUGUGAUAGCUGGCCAAAUUUUCACAGUGAAGACAUGAUUCCUGAUCAGGUGAAUGAGAUCCUGGAGGCGGAGAUUACGCUCAAACCAGUGCUGGGCAGUAUUUUCAGUGAGGAGCAAGGGGCCUUUGUUUCGAGGAGGUCCAUCUCCAACCAUGGCCUUAUUGUUCAGGAAAUGUUGAGCAAGUUCCAGUUCUCUGCAAAGAAAUCGGGGAUGAUGGCUCUGAAGAUCGAUAUGGAAACACCAUGGAUCUAUGUGAAAGUGGUCUUCGACAAGGAUGUCCCUUGUCGCCAUAUCUGUUCAUUCUCUGUUAGGAGCUCCUCACCAAAGCCUUUAGACAGAGGGGGGGGGGGGCAGCUUGGAGUUCAGGUUAUUAAUAAUGUGGAAAGGAUAUCUCAUCUGUUAUAUGCAGAUGAUAUCCUUAUUUUUGCUGAAGCUAGUAGGAGUAAUGCCAUUUGUAUCAUGAAACUAUUGGGAGAUUAUUGUGACUGGACUAGACAAAGGAUUAACGGUGGGAAAUCAGCUGUUCUUUUUAGUAGGAGCUGUCCCAACUGGAAGAAGCUUUUGAUUGCUAAGCUUAUGGGGUACAGAAAGGUGAAUUCUAUGGAAUAUCUGGGGUUGCCAUUGGUUUUGAGGAGACUAAAGGCUGAGGAUUUUGAUAAAACUAUUAGAAAUGCUCACCAGAAGACAAACAUAUGGGGGAAGAAGCAUCUGUCGCUUGCUGGCAGAGCUUUGUUAAUUCGUACAUCACUACUUAGUAUUCCUAUGUAUUUGAUGACUUAUACUUCAGUUCCAAGGGGGAUCCUCCAUUCUAUUGAGAAACUUGGCAUAACUUUUUUAUGGCAGAAGGACUCUAACAGCAGGGGAAUGCAUUAUGUUGAAUGGAAGGAGUUAUGCCAACCUAGGGACCAUGGGGGUCUUGGAUUUCAUGGGCUGGACAAUUGGCAGGGACCUCUGCAUGCUAGGCUGGCGUGGCAAGUUAUUAGUAAUCCAAAUUUGCUGUUGCAUAAGGUGUUGAAAGCGAAAUAUGGUAUGGAGCAAUGGAACGACACGCAAGUUUAUAGAGCCUCUACCACUUGGAAGGUGAUUCAUGAUGGUGCUAAGGCUCUUAAAGAAAUCAUCAGGUGGAACAUUGGGGAUGGCCAAAGCAUAGAUGUGUUGCAGGAUUGCUGGAUACUCAAUCGGAGGAUAGAUACUUGGCCUACCUUUGUUAAUGUAAAUGAGCUGGAAAAUGUCAGGGUGAAUUGGCUGCUUGAUGAAUCUGCCAGGUGGAAUGAGGAGCGGGUGACAGAUUGCUUUGGUAAUGUAAUGGCUGAGAGGGUCAUGGCUAUUGCUACUAAUGGGAACGAGGGAAUUGAUACUCCUUAA